GUUUACUAUAAUGGAUGGGGGGGGGGGUUAACUUGUUGCACUGGGGAGUGAGUGACUGACAGCAGGCUGCAGUCUCAGGAGGAUGUCCGCGAAUGCUCGCGUUUGCAUUGUUGGGAUUAAUGCUAUGGAUUUUUUUCCACCUGCGGAGGAUUAAUAGCAGCGUAAUAGCGAUGCCCGAGAAAGGAGAGGAAUCUCCGCCAAGCGACGGCCCCUCUGCACUCCAGGAGGAUGUGCCUGCCGCGCACGCCUCUCGUGGCGGCCAACGGUGUGUAUCGACGCAGCCCGAGGAGAACAGCCUGCGACCCCGCAGCUCCUCUACGGGACUUGACGUGGAAGAGCAACAGCGGCCCCUCGCCGGACAAAAUCCUUCUCCAACCAACGCGCCCAUGCUCAGAUCCGGGCCCAGGGCGAGGGAGCGUCUCAAGUUUAUUCUGGGAGCCUCGGAGGACAAUUCUUCGGACGAGGAGACUUUAGCGGUCAAGCCGCCGAGCGGCGCUUCCCAGCCGUCAGCCUCCGCCGCCAAGUCUUCUCGUCAUCUGAUAUCCCCUAAAGUGCCACAGCCCAGCUCCUCGGGCAUGAAGCCCAGCAUGUCUGGCCCUCACUUGGUAAAAAGGGGACGCGAGCACAAAAAGAUGGAUCUUCACAGAGACUUCACGGUGGCCUCACCUGCAGAGUUUGUCACCCGCUUUGGCGGAAAUCGUGUCAUUGAAAAAGUGCUGAUUGCCAACAACGGGAUCGCUGCAGUGAAAUGCAUGCGCUCUAUUCGACGGUGGUCCUAUGAGAUGUUUCGAAAUGAGAGGACCAUCCGCUUUGUGGUCAUGGUCACCCCUGAAGACCUGAAAGCCAAUGCAGAAUACAUCAAAAUGGCCGAUCACUACGUGCCUGUUCCCGGCGGACCGAACAAUAACAAUUACGCCAAUGUGGAGUUGAUAGUUGACAUUGCCAAAAGAAUCCCAGUGCAGGCAGUGUGGGCCGGCUGGGGUCAUGCCUCAGAAAAUCCCAAACUACCUGAGUUUUUGAACAAAGCAGGCAUUUCAUUCUUGGGGCCAUCCAGCAAGGCUAUGUGGGCUCUUGGGGAUAAGGUGGCUUCCUCCAUUGUGGCCCAGAGCGCGGACAUUCCCACACUACCGUGGAGCGGAUCAGGUUUGAGAGUGUACAGAACAGAGGCAGACCAAAUCCCCGGCAAUGUCAUCAGUGUUCCUCCUGAGGUCUACACAAAGGGCUGUGUUCAAGACGUAGACGAGGGUCUGGCGGGGGCUGAGAGAAUCGGCUAUCCAGUUGUCAUCAAAGCCUCAGAGGGGGGAGGCGGAAAAGGUAUUCGGAAAGUAGAAUGUGCAGAUGACUUCCCAAGUUUCUUUCGGCAGGUUCAGACAGAAGUGCCCGGCUCGCCCAUUUUCAUCAUGCAGCUUGCACAGCACGCAAGGCACCUCGAGGUUCAGUUACUGGCCGACGAGUAUGGAAACGCCAUCUCUCUGUUCGGCCGCGAUUGCUCCAUCCAAAGAAGGCACCAGAAAAUCAUAGAGGAAGCACCCGCGACUAUAGCUGCACCCUUGACGUUUGAGCAGAUGGAACAGUAUGCCGUCAGGCUAGCCAAGAUGGUGGGCUAUGUCAGUGCCGGUACGGUGGAGUAUCUUUACUCUGAGGAUGGAAGUUUCCAUUUCUUGGAGCUGAACCCCCGUCUGCAGGUGGAGCAUCCCUGUACAGAGAUGAUUGGAGAUGUCAACCUUCCAGCUGCCCAACUUCAGAUUGCUAUGGGCAUCCCCCUUUACAGAAUUAAAGACAUUCGUUUGCUCUACGGAGAAACUGCAUGGGGUGACAACGUCAUCAACUUUGAAAGUCCAGAGUGCCCACCAAGUCCGAGAGGGCACGUCAUAGCGGCCCGGAUCACGAGUGAGAACCCUGAUGAGGGGUUCAAACCUAGCUCAGGCACCGUACAGGAGCUGAACUUCCGCAGCAGUAAAAAUGUCUGGGGUUACUUUAGUGUCGGCGCAACCGGCGGUCUGCAUGAAUUUGCUGACUCGCAGUUCGGACACUGUUUCUCCUGGGGGGAGAAUCGAGAAGAAGCCAUUUCGAACAUGGUGGUGGCGAUGAAGGAGCUUUCAAUCAGAGGUGACUUCAGGACCACCGUCGAAUACCUCACCAAGUUGCUGGAAACGGAGAGCUUCCGAAACAACGACAUAGACACGAGCUGGCUGGAUCACCUCAUAGCAGAGAAAGUGCAGGCCGAGAGACCAGACACCAUGUUGGGCAUCGUCUGCGGGGCUUUGCACGUUGCCGACGCAAGCUUCAGAAAGAGCAUGUCGGACUUUCUGCACUCACUUGAAAGAGGCCAGGUUCUCCCUGCUGCCAGCCUCCUCAACUCUGUCAGCGUGGAUCUCAUCUAUGAGGGAGUGAAAUUCUGCUUGAAGGUCGCUCGCCAAUCUCCGACAACGUAUGUCAUCAUAAUGAAUGGCUCCAACAUUGAAAUAGACGUCCACCGCCUUAGCGAUGGUGGCCUUCUGCUCUCCUACGAUGGCAGCAGCCAUACCACAUAUAUGAAAGAGGAGCUGGACAGCUACCGCAUCACGGUUGGUAACAAGACAUGCGUGUUUGACAAAGAAAAGGAUCCCUCUGUGCUGAGAUCGCCUUCUGCUGGUAAACUGCUGCAAUAUAUCGUCGACGACGGAGCUCACAUUUGCGCCGGGGAAACAUAUGCAGAGAUCGAGGUGAUGAAGAUGGUGAUGACUCUGACAGUGCCGCAGGCGGGUCAUGUACACUUUAUCAAGAGGCCCGGGGCGGUUCUGGAGUCUGGUUGUGUGAUGGGACAUAUGAACUUGGAUGAUCCUAGCAGUAUACACCGGGUAGAGCUCAAUACAGCCACCCUACCCCCCCAGCACCCUUUGCCAAUUGUUGGGGAAAAACUCCACCAGGUCUUCCACAGCAUCCUUGAAAAUCUAGUUAAAGUAAUGGAUGGCUACUGUCUCGAAGAGCCCUUCUUUAGUACCAAGUUGAAACAGUGGGUGGCAACCCUCAUGAAGACUCUGAGGGAUCCCUCUCUGCCACUGCUGGAGCUGCAGGAGAUCAUGACCAGUGUGGCGGGUCGGAUCCCGCCUGGUGUCGAGAAAGAUAUCCGAAAAGUCAUGGCCCAGUAUGCCAGCAACAUCACGUCUGUCCUGUGCCAGUUUCCAAGCCAAAGGAUUGCAAAUAUUCUUGACAGCCAUGCAGCGACUCUUCAGAGAAAGGCGGAUCGAGAGGUGUUCUUCAUCAACACGCAGAGUAUUGUUCAACUGGUGCAGAGGUAUCGCAGCGGAAUCCGUGGUUACAUGAAAUCUGUGGUUCUGGAUCUGCUGAAGCGUUACCUUCGAGUAGAGAUGGAGUUUCAGCAAGCUCACUACGACAAGUGCGUAAUCAACUUGAGGGAGCAAUACAAGCCCGACAUGAGUCCUGUGCUGGAAUACAUCUUCUCUCACGCGCAGGUCUUCAAGAAGAACAUCCUGGUCACAAUGCUCAUCGACCAGCUGUGUGGAAGGGAUCCGACUCUGGCAGACGAGCUGAUGGUGAUUCUCAAUGAACUGACUCAACUGAGUAAAAUGGAGAACUCGAAGGUCGCCUUGAGAGCCAGACAGGUUCUGAUUGCCUCUCAUUUACCUUCGUAUGAACUGAGGCACAACCAAGUAGAAUCCAUCUUCCUCUCUGCCAUUGACAUGUAUGGCCAUCAGUUUUGCCCUGAGAACUUGAAGAAACUCAUCCUCUCCGAGACCUCCAUUUUUGAUGUCUUGCCCAAUUUCUUCUACCACUCCAAUCAAGUUGUCUGCAUGGCUGCGCUGGAGGUGUAUGUGCGUCGAGCUUACAUUGCCUAUGAGCUCAACAGUAUCCAGCAUCGCCAGCUGCAGGACGGAACGUGUGCCGUAGAUUUCCAGUUUAUGCUGCCGUCGUCACAUCCCAACAGAGGGAGCAGCCCUACUCUGAACAGGGUUCCCGUCCCACUGAAUGCUUCGGGCCAAUUAAAAAUGCGGCGGCAGAGCAGCGACCUUUUCCUGGAGGGAGCUCUGUCCCCACCUUGCCAACGCAUGGGCGCUAUGGUUGCGUUUCACUGUUUUGAUGAUUUCAAAAGGAACUUUGACGAAGUUCUCUGCAGUUUUGCAGAGCCUCUGUUGGAGAACCAGCCAAUUUUAGAAUCCUGCUCCAGUUUUUAUGAAGAUGAGAACUUUAAGAACACCCGGGAGAAUCCAAUCCACAUUAUUAAUGUUUCAAUAAAAAAAGCAGAUGCCAAGGACGAUGAUGCCUUAGUCACGGCCUUCACUUCCUUCGCCCAGUCAAAGAGAUCACUCCUUUUUGAAUAUGGCAUCAGAAGAAUCACAUUUUUGGUUGCGCAGAAGAGGGAGUUCCCCAAGUUCUUCACUUUCAGAGCACGAGAUGGGUUCCAAGAAGAUCGGAUCUACCGUAAUCUGGAGCCAGCUUUAGCAUUUCAACUGGAACUGAACCGAAUGAGGAACUUCGACAUGACUGCGGUUCCCUGCGCCAACCACAAAAUGCACCUCUACCUGGGAGCUGCGCGUGUUCAGGAGGGUGCCGAAGUUACCGAUUACAGAUUCUUCAUCCGAGCUAUUAUUCGGCACUCUGAUCUGAUUACAAAGGAAGCGUCUUUCGAAUAUCUUCAGAAUGAGGGAGAACGUCUUCUGCUGGAGGCCAUGGACGAGUUGGAGGUGGCUUUCAGUAACACGAACGUGCGCACGGAUUGCAACCACAUCUUCCUGAACUUUGUCCCCACUGUUAUUAUGGACCCAUCUAAAAUUGAGGAGUCGGUCCGUUCCAUGGUGAUGCGCUACGGAAGUCGCCUUUGGAAGCUGCGAGUCUUGCAAGCUGAGCUGAAAAUCAACAUCCGCCUGACUCCCACUGGGCACGCCAUCCCUAUACGUCUCUUUUUGACCAAUGAGUCUGGCUAUUACUUGGACAUCAGCCUGUAUAAGGAAGUCACUGACCCAAGUUCGGGACAGAUUAUGUUCCAGUCAUACGGCGAUAAACAGGGACCCCUGCAAGGCAUGUUGAUCAACACUCCCUAUGUUACCAAAGACUUGCUACAGGCCAAGCGUUUCCAGGCUCAAACUUUGGGGACAACAUACGUCUAUGACUUCCCAGAGAUGUUCAAGCAGGCUCUAUUUAAGCAAUGGGGACCAGGAGAGAAAUACCCUAAAGAUAUGCUGACGUGCACUGAGCUAGUUCUGGAUCCGCAAGGUCGACUGGUGCAGCUGAACCGGCUGCCUGGAGACAAUGCCGUGGGAGUAGUUGCUUUCAAGAUGAAGCUGAAGACGCCGGAAUACCCAGAAGGUCGAGAGAUCAUCGUCAUCUGUAACGACAUCACCCACAUGAUUGGGUCGUUUGGACCUCAGGAAGAUGAGCUGUUCCUCAGGGCCUCGGAGUUGGCGAGAGCUGAGGGAAUCCCUCGCAUUUACAUCGCUGCCAACAGCGGAGCUCGCAUCGGUCUGGCUGAGGAGAUCAGACACAUGUUCCAGGUGGCCUGGAUCGACCCUUCUGACCCCUACAAGGGUUUUAAGUAUAUUUACCUGACACCGCAUGACUAUACACGUAUCAGCGCCACCAAUUCUGUCCACUGCCACCACGUGGAAGAAGGAGGCGAGUCCAGGUACAUAAUCACUGACAUCAUUGGUAAGGAUGAAGGUCUUGGGGUGGAGAACUUGCGAGGUUCCGGCACCAUCGCUGGAGAAUCCUCUCAGGCCUAUGAAGAAAUCAUUACAAUUAGCAUGGUGACCUGCCGCGCUAUUGGAAUCGGGGCGUACCUGGUACGUUUGGGCCAAAGAGUGAUCCAGGUGGAGAACUCUCACGUUAUCCUGACUGGAGCAAGUGCGCUGAACAAGGUUCUGGGCAGGGAGGUCUACACCUCCAACAACCAGCUGGGUGGGAUCCAGAUUAUGCACAACAAUGGAGUCACGCACGCGACCGUGCCAGACGAUUUUGAUGGGGUCUUCACCAUUCUCCAGUGGCUCUCCUACAUGCCAAAGAACAAGCACUCCCCGGUCCCUGUUGUACCAACCACAGAUCCAGUUGAAAGAGAGAUUGACUUCACUCCGACAAAAGCCCCGUAUGACCCCCGCUGGAUGCUCUCUGGGAGAGCCCACCCGACGGUGAGAGGUGCCUGGCAGAGCGGAUUCUUUGACCACGGUUCCUUCAUGGAGAUCAUGGACUCUUGGGCUCAGACUGUCGUCGUGGGCAGAGCACGGUUAGGAGGGAUCCCCCUCGGCGUCAUUGCUGUGGAAACACGGACCGUUGAGUUAACGGUCCCAGCUGAUCCAGCCAACUUGGAUUCAGAAUCAAAAGUUCUGCAACAGGCCGGCCAAGUGUGGUUUCCCGAUUCAGCCUUUAAAACAGCUCAGGUGAUUUGUGACUUCAACCGUGAGCAUCUGCCUCUCAUGGUGUUUGCCAACUGGAGGGGCUUCUCCGGUGGAAUGAAAGAUAUGUAUGACCAGAUAUUGAAGUUCGGGGCUUACAUCGUGGAUGCCCUGCGUGGUUUCCAUCAACCUGUGCUGGUGUACAUUCCACCACACGCCGAACUGAGAGGAGGGUCUUGGGUUGUCAUUGACCCCACCAUUAACCCUCUGUGUAUGGAACUCUACGCGGACAGAGAGAGCAGAGGUGGCGUGCUGGAAGCUGAGGGCACAGUGGAGAUCAAAUUUAGGAAAAAGGACCUGCUGAAAACCAUGAGAAGACUGGACUCUGUCUACGCUGGUCUGGUCGAGAAGCUCGCGUCUCUCGAUCUGCCGGAGAAGCAGUGUAGAGACCUGGAGGCAAAGCUCAAAGCGAGAGAAGAAUUCCUGCUGCCAAUCUACCACCAGGUGGCCGUGCAGUUUGCGGAUCUUCACGACACUCCUGGCAGGAUGCAGGAGAAAGGCGUCAUCACUGAUAUUUUGGACUGGAAGAACGCACGGCCUUUCUUCUACUGGCGUUUGCGGCGCCUCCUGUUGGAGCAGGUGGUGAAGUACGAGAUUCUCAAGGCCAACAAAGACCUCAGCGACGGACACAUGCAGUCCAUGCUGCGCCGCUGGUUUGUUGAAACCGAGGGAACGGUCAAGGCAUACUUAUGGGAUAACAACCAAGCUGUCGUCGAGUGGCUUGAAAGAAACUGGUCCAAAGAGGAUGGGACUCGAUCGGCCAUCCGAGAGAACAUCAAGUACCUCAAAAGGGAAAAUGCCUUGAAACAUAUCCGCAGUCUGGUCGAGUCCAACCCUGAAGUGGCCAUGGACUGCAUCAUCCACAUGAGCCAGAACAUUACUGCGUCGCAGCGGGCCAAGCUCUCUCAUCUGCUUGCUACCAUGGACAACAGCAACACCAGCUAAAGUCUGCAACCUUUCUUAAGGCUUGUAUCGCCAUAAAAGGACAAGUCAUGACUUUUCUGCAUACACUUGCACUUUUAAGAGUGUCAUAAGUUUAUAUAAAAUAGUGUUGAGGCCUUGUUUUGUGAGACAAUACCGUACCGCUACAGGUCCUGCAAUCAUGCAACGACGUUGUGGUGGGAUCCUGGGGGGAAAAAAAAAGAAAACACUUCAGUCCGGGUCGGCACGUUUGGUUGACAAACUGUCACUGUAUUGCACAUUGCACUGCUGCUUUUCUGUAUGAAUAAUAGCAGUAUUAUUUUUGCCUUACACUUUCAGACCUUCAUGUUUCUAUUUCAGGUAGGAGCAGUCGUGCAUUCGUUGUUUUGAACCACAUCCAUCUGUAAUCAGAGUGCUAACAUUUAGCACUGUACGAAACGAGGAUUGCCCUUUAUAGAAUACGAUUGUCCACAUCAUUUUCAUGGAUUUGUAAUCAUACAAAUCUUUGUGGGACGUCACUGUGAACAUUCUUUUAAAUGAAAUGACACAUUUCAGAUUUCAUAGCUAUCAUGCCGCGGAAUCAGUUUGGUUUCCCGCUCCACAUUGACUAAAAAAAAAAAAAACGCUAUUUAAUGCAGACAUCUAGAAUAUUUUUGGAGUGCAUUUGUGUUUCUCGUGACCUUGGCUCAAUGUUGCACUUCGCAAUGUUUCCAGCGACAAAAUUUCAUAUCAGUGUAUAUAAGCUCU